AUGUCUCUUUCUCACAAUAGAAAUAAGGAAUUACCUCAAGUACCGAUUGUUUUACGUAACGAUGACCUUGAAGAAAUUAAUAUCGCUGAACACAAAGAAGUUUAUGGUAAUCGUCAAACUCAUCAAGGCUUCAAAACUUUGAAAAGUCAGGAAAGUCACGGAUCAAGCCACGGACGUCAAAAAAAUUCAAGCAAAAAAGUAACCAGGCAGCUUUCUGGAGAUGUUGACAGCUCCCAGUUUGUUAUAAGAAUAGACAAGACACCCUCUAAUUUAACGCCUUCACAAAGGUUGCACUUAAGAAGACUCCAAUUAAGCAAUAGCAUAUCCAAACUAAACACGUCCAUACCGGAAGCACGAGCUGCAGUGACUUUCGACCAAGAAGAUCAAGAGCUAGAUGAAAAUGAAUACCUUUUUAAUGUUCCUAUGUCACAUUUGUUUCAGUACUACGAGCUAGAAGGGUCAGGUAAUAAGAAUGGCACCGAAUCCACUACAAUGGUAUCUACUAGAGCUUCUUCAAUAAUGAGUGAGAAUAACCAUAACAGAUCCGCCUCUGUGAGCAGCUCAGAUUGCGAUGAAAUGAAUGAAGAGGGAACGGCCAGUAAUUUCAAAAAUAAUUUAAAUAUAAAUCCUUUGGGGUUGUCAGCCGACGCUUUCAAAUUAAGCGAAUUGUAUAGCAGAUGUGAGGUAAAUCUUAUUUACGAUGAAGACAGGAAGCAUAAAAAAAUGUUAUCUGAGUUUAAACGAGUGAAUAAAGAAUUGAUCCGUCCUACACUGGAUGCAACAAAAUAUCAGUCAUCUCCAACAGUGAAUCAAUUGUAUCAGGCGAAGUCUGAGAUUAGCCACCGAUCGAUGCCAUCUUUGCCGUUGCUGAGUUCAUCCCUUCAAAAGACUUCAAAUACAGAAAAUUAUCUUUCAUUCACAAGACCUAUAUGGUUACCACCAAAAUCUUCCCGUGAUAAAGUGAGGCACCAAAGGGAAACUGAAAAUAUGUUGCAUCGCGCCUUAGCCCAAGAAUCGAAAUCAAGAGCUUCCAAGGUACGAAAAGUGGAGCAAAUUAGUCGAGCAAAAGAGAAGGAUAUUAAGAAGUGGAGACAAUUGGUCGAGGCGGAAUUCGAAGGUACAAGGGAGGAUGAACACAGUAUUGAGAAAAUGUGUAGCAGAGGUAUACCUGAAGAGUGCAGAGCCUCAGUCUGGUGGCUCAAAAUUGGAAAUGUUUUACGACUUGAUGGAAACGAUUGUGAAAACUAUUUUGCACAGUCUGAUGAAAUUAUUAAAGACCUUCAGAAGACGUAUAGCACAGAACACUAUUUUCCGCUAAAGAGACUUGAUGGAGAACCUAGUCCGAACAAAAAGAUGACUCCUGACUCGCAAUGUUUUCUACAUUUGGGAAAGCUUUACAAUUCCAUACGGAACGACACCUUAAAUGUUUUUCCAGAUUUGAAUUUCUACCGGAGAAAUGAUGUAUCAUUGAGAUUGUCGAAAACCGUUUUGAGUUUUUUAAUCUAUAUGGGUGGAAGACAGACGAAAGAAGCACGAUGCAUCCAACCUGAGGACUUAUAUUUUGAGGGCUUGAUUAAUAUCGCAGCCUUGUUAUAUUAUCAUUACAGAAGCACAAGUAUGACUUUUAUAAGUCUCUGCAACUUAUUUGACCACAGGCAUCUUCCAGGAUUUCUUUUACUACUGAGUAGUAAUUCAGAAACCACUGGACCUAAUAAUAAACUACUAGAAGAGUUUUAUGAGCAAUUCAAUCGUCUCUUCCGAGCAAAUCUUAAUCGCCUUUUUACUCAUUUUAGGGUUGUUGGCAUAUCACCUCAAGAAUACAUUCCCCAGAUUUUCAUGAAUUUUUUUUCGUCUUUGCUUAAUUUUGAUAUGAGUUGUCACGUUUUAGAUCUCUAUAUCUUUGAAGGAGAUCUGUUUUUGACAAAAUGCUUGCUAGGAAUUUUUAAACAAAUUUCACAUAAGCUAUUUGGUUGUAAAGAAGAGAUCUUGAAGAUCAUCUCGGGCAAAGCUGAGCACAUAUCAGAUUAUAGACUGAGUUUACAUAUUAAUCAGAACUUUCAGAAACAUCUUACUGUCGGUUACGAGCAUGAACUUAUUGAAAGUAUCAAGAAGAUACAGAUGUAA